GGCACAGAUCAAGUUUCAGGGUUUUUAUGUAAUUAUCGCAAUAUAUAUAUCCUUCUUAUACGCCAGCUAGGGUUUUUCCUUUGAAAUCAGCAACAGCCCAAAUCGUAUAUCGAACAGUCUGAAGAAGCAAAAAAGUUUGAGCCAUGAGUAAGCUUCAGAGUGAGGCCUUGAGGGAAGCCAUCACUCAGAUUGCCAAAGAUGCCAGGGAGAAAAAACGGAAGUUCGAUGAAACAAUUGAGCUCCAAAUUGGGCUGAAAAACUAUGAUCCCCAAAAGGAUAAGCGCUUCAGUGGUUCGGUGAGGUUGCCUCACAUUCCACGUCCCAAAAUGAAGGUUUGCAUGCUUGGUGAUGCUCAGCACGUGGAAGAGGCUGAGAAGAUAGGGUUGGAGUAUAUGGAUGUAGAAGGUCUGAAGAAACUUAACAAAAACAAGAAACUGGUCAAGAAACUCGCAAAGAAAUACCAUGCCUUCUUAGCAUCAGAAGCUGUCAUUAAGCAGAUUCCCCGUCUACUGGGCCCUGGUCUCAACAAAGCAGGGAAGUUUCCUACCCUUGUUAGUCACCAGGAAUCCCUCGAGUCUAAAGUUAAUGAGACCAAAGCUACAGUUAAGUUCCAACUGAAGAAGGUUCUCUGCAUGGGAGUUGCUGUUGGGAACUGCACUAUGGAGGAGAAGCAGAUCUUUCAAAAUGUGCAAAUGAGCGUCAAUUUCCUAGUUUCAUUGUUGAAGAAGAACUGGCAAAAUGUGAGGUGCUUGUACCUGAAGAGUACCAUGGGGAAGACAGUUCGCGUCUUUUAAAGAGUUUCUUUGCUUGAGCUCUUUAGUGAAGGAUUUAUCGUGAGCAAAUGCUUGGAAAAGAUUUUCCUGGAUUUAGCAAUUCACCCUUUUUGUUAGUCUUUUACAUAGACACUUCCGUGAAUUUCAUGAACCUAAGAAUGUUUGUUUCCAAUUUUAUUUCAAGGAGAGGUCUAUCUAUUAAUCGUUCA